GAUUGGUGGACAAGAAGUAGAGAUGACAGAAAAAGAAGAAAAGGAGGUGAAGAAACAAGAACGUGAAACACAAAAGGUUGAAUUUAAAGAAGAGGAAGAGCUGGGGAGAAAUGAUGAAGUUGCAGAGAGCGAAGAAGAGCAACAGGGUGAUAGAAAAGAGGAAGAGAUGAAGGACAUAGAAGAAAAGGAGGCAGAGAAACAAGAGGAACAAAAGUUGGAUGGAAAUGAAGAGAUGGAGAAGAACGAAGAAACUGAGGCAAAGAAACAAGAAGAACAAGAAGAGAUUGGUGGACAAGAAGUAGAGAUGACAGAAAAAGAAGAAAAGGAGGUGAAGAAACAAGAACGUCAAACACAAAAGGUUGAAUUUAAAGAAGAGGAAGAGCUGGGGAGAAAUGAUGAAGUUGCAGAGAGCGAAGAAGAGCAACAGGGUGAUAGAAAAGAGGAAGAGAUGAAGGACAUAGAAGAAAAGGAGGCAGAGAAACAAGAGGAACAAAAGGUGGAUGGAAAAGGAAAGGAUCUAGAAGAAGUCGAAGAAACUGAGGCAAAGAAACAAGAACAAGAACAUACUGAUGAAAAAGAAGAUCUAGAAGAAGUUGAAGAAGCUGGGACAAAGAAACAAAUAGAAGAACAAAUUGGUGGAAAAGAAGAAGAAACGAAGGAAAAAGAAGAAAAGGAGGCAAAGCACCAAGAACAAGAAAAACAAGUUGAUGUAAAAGAAGAGUUGCAGGAAAACGUCAACAAAUUUGCAGAGAUGGAAGAAGAGCAAAAUGUUGAUGGAAAAGAAGAAGAGAUGGAGGAAAACCAAGAAACGGAGGCAGAGAAACAAGAGCAAGGGAAACAACAGAUUGGUGGAAAAGAAGAAGAGAUGAAGGAAAAAGUCGACGAAGUCACAGAGAAUGAAGAAGAACAAAAAGUCGACGAAGUCACAGAGAAUGAAGAAGAACAAAAAGUCGACAGAAAAGAAGAAGAAAUGGCGGCCUCAGUUGACGAAGAAGUAAAUGCAGAAGAAGAAAGAGAGUUGACAAAGGAGCCAAACACUGUGCCAACCAACCAGCUCCAUCAAUCACAGUGUCCUGAAACGCUGAGUCAUGCUGGAGCACGAACACCAAACGAAGCUCCCACAGAAGAAGAGAAAGACUCGGGCGCUGCCAAGAACGAGAACGGGGACAUUUAUCCCACAUCACCGAGCAACGACAACGAGACAGAGGAAGCUCCACCACAAGCUGCUCCUCUGACCCACUCAGACCUGAACCAGUCUGUUGAUGCUCCUCUGGAUCUGACAGAGGUGGGAAUACAUAGUCUGGAGGAACAGGAGCGACUGACAUCAUUUCCUGAUUCAGGACAUCGAGGUGAAACAGCAGCUGACGACAACACUCGAGAGAGUACACCUGAACUACACGCAGGCUGCAGGUCGGAGGAGAAAGUGUUGUUGAUGGAUGCAGCUGCCGAGCCAUCGUUAGUGGCUGGACAAGACAGUGAAGAGCUCAGUCCAACCCAAAACUCAUCCAGCACAGAAACCCCUGAGAUGAAAGUGAAGGGGGACAAAGGGGACAAAGAGGAAGGAGGUCAAAUCUCUCACAAUAUGAACGGUGAGGCGGACGACAAGAACGGCAGCCGACAAUCCUCGAAGUACAAAACCGUGUCCUACAGGAGGAUCAGGAGAGGAAACACCCGACAGAGGAUUGAUGAGUUUGAGGCCAUGAUGGACUCGUGAUUGAAAUAUUGUCAGAGUGUUUGGUUCUGUUGGAUUUGUGGGGUGCAACCCCUCGCAGUAACAUAUAAAGAAAAGUAGUGGACCCAGGAUAGAGCCUUGUGGUACACCAUACUGAAUGUGUGGUCUGUAAUUUUUCCAAAUUGUGUGCUAAAUAAAUAAAGUUUAAAUUUGUUUAUGUAGCACCAAAAGGCCAUGGGUUUGAGGUCUCAGUUACCUAACUAAAUUUAAUAUUGUCAGAGUGUUUUGUUUCUUGUGGAUUUUUGGGAUUGUGGAUGCAGUCCUGAGUGGUAACAUAUAGAGAAAAGUAGUGGGCCCAGGAUAGAGCCUUGUGGUACACCAUACCAAAUGUUUGGUCUUUUUUUCCAAUUUUGUGUUUGAAAGGUGCUGAAUAAAUAAAGAUUACAUUUGUUUAUAUAGCACCACAAGGGGCUUUUGGGGAUGUUGGAUGCAACCGCAAGUGGCAACAUAUAGAGAAAAGUAGGGGGCCCAGGACAAAGCCUUGUGUCACACCAUAAAAACUGUCCGAUCUGUAUCUUUUCCAAUUUUGUCUGUGAAAGGUGCUAAAUAAAUAAAGUUUUAAUUUGUUUAUGUAGCACCAAAAGACCACAGAUUUGAGGUCACAGCUAACAGUGACAUAUAGGUUUGAGGCCAUGGUGGACUCGUGAUUAAACCCUAAAUAUUGUCACAGUGUUUCGUUCUGUUGGAUUUUUUUGGAAUCUUGGAUGCAACCCCAAGUGGUAACAUAUAGAGAAAAGUAGAAGACCCAGGAUAGAGCUUUGUGGUACUGUGGUACAUUAACAGAGACCUAUCUGAUGUAGAUGUUAGCAUUUUGCAAAUGUAAAUACUGAUUAAACUGCAAGAACAAAUAUCAUUUAAAAUAUCAUUAUAACUUCACAUAUCUGUAAAUCCUAGAAAUCGAACACAGUGAUACACUAAGCAACAUAAUUUUGGUUCUGAAAAAGUUGUGACUGAUACAUGUAUAGCUGACUGAUGUGUUUCUAGUUAAUGUAAACUUCACUGUCUGAUCAUCACCAUUGUAUUAUAUUUAUUAUUGAAUUUAAUUACAAUAAACAAGCUUAA